GAAGUAUGUUGGAAAUUGUGUGGGUUUCGGCUUCGGACACUGGGUGCCUGACGUCGGCCUGUCUAUGCGAGGGGCGGUGGCGGCUCCCCCGGCAGGGCGAGCGUCCUUGGACCGCCUUCUUCUGGGUCCCGCCUGGCUGCGGCUCUCCCGGCCGGCUACGGGUCGUCCGGCCUGCUACGGGUCGCCGGGCGACCCGGACGCCUAGGGACGCUGCCGUGCCGGGGACGGGGGCUGUCAGCGCGGUUCCACAGCCCGCGGCGAGGACGCCGAGGGGCCGCUGUUCUCCUGGGCUCAGGACAAAGCGCCGGAUGGGGCGGGAGACGGGACUCGGCCACACCGGAGGCUCCCGGCGCCGGGCGCGCUCCGCAAGGGGUGUGCGCGGCGGCUCGGACGCGAAGGACGGGCGGGCGACGCGGCCGCCUCCCGUUGCGCGCAGCCUGGGAGCGCAGGCUAGAGCCGGGUGGAAAGGCGACCAGCUGCCGUCUCGCACCACAGGCCCCCAUCUUAUCCCCUUUGCCCCCCACCAUUUCCACGCGAAAUCCCGUGCUGGGUUGGGCUGGAUAAGCACUUCCUCUCGGCCUCGCAGCUCAGCUCGUUGGUCUGUGCCCAGUAUUUGCCUUUGGGCCUGUUCACAAAGCAUAUAGAAUUUGAAUUUAAUACAAGUGAACUGGUUGGGCUUAAAUGUACUAAGACCUCGCUUUAUCCCCUGCGCUCUUUCCCGUUCCUCAUUCUUUCCACACCCCUCUUCUUAGUAUUAUAUUCUCUUUUGAGAAUGACUUCUCACUUUCCCUGUGGGAUGUUUUUCUGCAGUUAUUGUUUGUUGUAAUGGGAAGUACAGUUCAGGCCAUGUACAGGAAAGUAGCUUGUUUACUCACGUAUUUUGGCUGAAUUUUAUUUUUAUGUCCUGACAGUUGCAGAUACUGCACUUCCAUUUUAAUUAAGAUUUAGAAAUAUUUAAAGGAGAAAUAUUUCCGUUAGUAAGGAAUGUAUCCUAAAUUCUUAAUUCUAAGUAUCUCAAGCAUGGACUCGCUUGGUGAUCAAAUCGAUUAAUAGUUCUUUGUCUUAAAUUUUACUCGUUUUCCAGAAGCAACAUAAUACUAGACAUCUAGGUUGUUUUUUUUUUUUUUUACCAUACAAUAAACUUAUUUAAAGUGUACAAUGCAGUGGUUUUUAAUAUGUUCACAGAGGCGCGCAACUAUCACCACAAUCAAUUUUAGAACAGUUUUAUCACUCUAGAAAGAAACCCCGUACCCAUUAGCAGUCAUACCCCAUUUCUUUUCCCCCCAGGCCUUGGCAACCACUAAUCCACUUUGUGUCUGUAUAGAUUUGCCUAUUUUGAACAUUUUGUAUAAAUGGAAUCUCAUAGUAUAUGGUAAUUUGUGACUGCCUCCUUUCACUUAGCGUGUUUACAAGGUUCAUGUUGUAGCAUAAACCAGGACUUCAUUCCCUUUUAUUGCUGAGUAAUAUUCCAUUGUAUGUAUAAAAAAAUGUAUAGACCACAUUUUAUUUAUCCAUUAUCAGUUUAUGGACAUUUGGGUUAUUUCCAGUUUUUGACUGCUCAGAAUAAUGCUGUUAUGAACAUCUGUAUGCAAAUUUUUGGGUGGACACGUUUUUAUUUCUUUGAGGAACAUGUUUUUAUUUCUUUGAGGUAUAUAGCAAAGGAGUGGAACUGCUAGAUCAUAGGGUAGACUCUAACAUUUUGAGAAUUGCCAAACUAUUCUUGAGAGUGGCUGUGCCAUUUUACAAGUCCGCCAGCUAUGUCUGAGGGUUCCUGUCUUUUUCAUAUUAGCUAUCGUAGUGGGUGUGAAGCAGUAGUUCAUUGUAGUUAUGAUUUGCAAUUCCGUGAUAACUAAAGAUGUUGAGCAUCUUUUCAUGUGCUUAUUGCCUGUUUAUAUAUCUUCUUUGGAGCAAUGUCUGUUCAGAUUCAUUGCCCAUAUUUUAAUUGGGUUGUCUUUUUAUUAUUGCGUUGUAAGGCUUUUAAAUAUAUUCUGGUUACAAGUUUCUUAUCAGGUAUAUGGUUUGUAAAUGUUUCAUCUUAUUCUAUGGGUUGUCUUUUCACUUUCUUAAUGGUGCCUUUUGAAGCAGAAGUGUUUUUGAUGAACUCCAAUUUAUCCCUUUUCUUUGAUCAGUUGUGCUUUUGUUAAAAAAAAUUAUUCCAUUGUUGAAAAUAUGCAAGGAAAACAUACACCAGUUUAACACUUUCUACCUGUACAAGUCAGUGACACUGAUUACAGUCUUUGAGUUGUGCAGCCAUUCUCACCCUCCUUUUCUGAGUUGGUCCUCUCCCUUUAACAUAAACUCACUGCCCCCUAAGUUUCCUAUCUGAUCUUUCGAGUUGUCAUUGUCAGUUUGAUCCCAUAUAGAUAGAUAUCACUUAUGCUUUUGGUGUCCUAUCUAAAACCCUUUGCCUAACCCAAGAUUACAAAGAUUUACUUCUAUGUUUUCUUCUAUUUUUAUUUUUUUUUUCUUCUAUGUGUUUUAUAGUUUUAGCUCUUACGUUUAGGUUUAUGAUCCACUUGGAGUUAAUUUUUGUGUAUGGUGCAAGGAAGAGGUAUAACUUCAUUCUUUUGCAUGUGGCUGUCCAGAUGUCCCAGCACCAUUUUUUUAAAAGACCACCCACCCCCCUUUGAAUACUCUUAGUAUCUUUGUUGGAAAUCAAUUGAUGAUAAACGAGCAUUUAUUUCUGGACUCUCAAUUCUAUUCCAUUGUCCAUCUUUAUUACAGUGCCACACUGUUUUGAUUAUUGUAGCUUUGUAGUAAGUUUUGGAAUGGGGAAGUAUGCAUCUUCCAAUUCAGUUCUUCUUUUUCAAAAUUGUUCUGGCUAUCCAGGGUCCCUUGCAUUUCUGUAUGAAUUUCAGGAUCAGUUUGUCAAUUUUAGCUAUUAGGUUUUAUAAUUGCAAUUUUUAAAAACACUUAUCAAGAUUGUUUACUACAAGAUAAUUGACGUUCUUAUAAAUGCUUUACAUUUUUUUUGAUUUAUGAAUGUGUUUUUGAAGUUUGCUAACUUAAUUCUUAAUUGCAUCUUAACAUUUUAAAAUUGUUUUGUUUUUUGUUAAUUGAGCUUUGAGCAUAGCUUUGUUUGAUGUUUUUGACUAUUAUAAUAAUGUUUCUAUGAACAUUUUUAAAAAUUUUUAUUGUACUUUAAGUGAAAGUUUUACAAAUCAAGUCAGUCUCUCACACAAAAACCCGUAUACACCUUGCUACAUACUCCCAAUCGCUCUUCUCCUAAUGAGACAGCCCGCUCCCUCCCUCCACUUUCUCUUUUCGUGUUCAUUUCUCCAGCUUCUAAUCCCCUGUACCCUCUCAUCUCCCCUCCAGGCAGGAGAUGACAACAUAAACUCAAGUUUCCCCCAGAUCCAAGAAGCUCACUCCUCAUCAGCAUCCCUCUCCAUCCCAUUGUCCAGUCGAAUCCAUGUCUGAAGAGUUGGCUUUGGGAAUGGUUCCUGUCCUGGGCCAACAGAAGUCUGGGGGCUGUGACCACCGGGGUCCUUCUAGCCUCAGUCAGGCCAUUAAGUCUGGUCUUUUUAUGAGAAUUUGGGGUCCGCAUCCCACUGCUCUCCUGCUCCCUCAGGGGUUCUCUGUUGUGUUCCCUGUCAGGGCAGUCAUCGGUUGUAGCUGGGCACCAUCUAGUUCUUCUGGUCUCAGGCUGAUGUAGUUUCUGGUUUAUGUGGCCCUUUCUGUCUGUUGGGCUCGUAAUUGCCUUGUGUCCUUGGUGUUCUUCAUGCUCCUUUGGUCCAGGUGGGUUGAUGACCAAUUGAUGCAUCUUAGCUGGCUGCUUGCUGCAUUUAAGAGCCCAGAUGCCGCUCUCCAAAGUGGAAUGCAGAAUGUUUUCUUAAUAGAUUUUAUUAUGCCAAUUGACUUAGAUGUCCCUUGAAACCAUGGUCCCCAAAACCCCGCCCCUGCUACACUGGCCUUCGAAGCAUUCAGUUUUUUCAGGAAACUGCUUUUGGUUUAAUCCAGUUGUGGUGACCUCACCUGUAUUGUGUGUUGUCUUUCCCGUCACCUAAAGUAGUUCUUAUCUACUAUCUAAUUAGUGGUUACUCCUCUGCUACCCUACCUCCCUCCCCACUCUCGUAACCAUCAAAGAAUAUUUUCUUCUCUGUUUAAACUAUUUCUCGAGUUCUUAUAAUUGUAGUCUUAUACAAUAUUUGUCCUUCUGCAACUGACUAAUUUAACUUCAGCAUAACACCUUCCAGGCUCCUCCAUGUUACGAAAUGUUUCACAGAUUUCAUCACUGUUUUUUAUCAAUGCAUAGUAGUCCAUUGUGUGAAUAUAUCAUAAUUUAUCCAUUCAUUCAUUUAUGGGCACCUUGGUUGCUUCUAUCUUAUUGCUGUUGUGAACAGUGCUGCAGUGAAUAUGGGUGUGCAUAUAUCUGUUCGUGUAAAGGCUCUUAUUUCUCUAGGAUAUGUUCCAAGGAGUGGGAUUGCUGGAUCGUAUGGUAGUUUUCUUUCUAGCUUUAUAAGGAAGCACCAAAUCGAUUUCCAAAGUGCUUGUACCAUUUUACAUUCCCACCAGCAGUGUGUAAGUGUUCCAGUCUCUCCACAGCCUCUCCAAUGUUUAUUAUUUUGUGUUUUUUGGAUUCAUGCCAGCCUUGUUGGAGUAAGAUGGAAUCUCGCUGUAGUUUUGAUUUGUAUUCCUCUAAUUUUUUUUUUUUUCUUUAAUGGCUUAUGAUCGUGAGCAUUUCCUCAUGUAUCUGUUAGCUACCUGAAUGUCUUCUUUGGUGAAGUGUCUGUUCAUAUCUUUUGCCCAUUUUUUAGUUGGGUUAUUUGUAUUUUGGUAGUUGAGUUUGCAGUGUCCUGUAGAUUUUAGAGAUCAGACGUUGAUUGGAAAUGUCAUAGCUAAAAACGUUUUCCCAGUCUGUAGGCAAUCUCUUUACUCUUUUGGUGGAGUCUUUGGAUGAGCAUAGGUGUUUGAUUUUUAGGAGCUCCUAGUUAUCUAGUUUUUCUUCUGCAUUGUUAGUAAUGUUUUAUAUACUGUUUUGCCAUGUAUUAGGGCUUUUAGCGUUGUCCCUAUUUUUUCUUCCAUAAUCUUUAUUAUUUUAGAUUUUAUAUUUAGGUCUUUGAUCCAUUUUGAGCUCGUUUUUGUGCAUGGUGUGAGGUAUGGGUCUUGUUUCAUUUUUUUGCAGAUGGAUAUACAGUUAUUCCAGCAGCAUUUGUUAAAAAGAUUGUCUUUUCCCCAUUUAACUGCUUUGGGGCUAUUGUCAAAUAUCAGUUGCUCAUAUGUGGAUGGAUUUAUGUCUGGAGUCUCAAUUCUGUUCCAGUGGUCUAUGUAUCUGUUGUUUUCCCAGUACCAGGCUGUUCUGACUACUGUGGCGGAAUAAUAGAUUCUAAAAUCAGGUAGAGUAAGGCCUCCCACUUUGUUCUUCUUUUUCAGUAAUGCUUUUCUUAUCCGGGGCCUCUUUCCCUUGCAUAUGAGGUUGGUGAUUUGUUUCACCAUCUCAUUAAAAAAUGUCGUUGGAAUUUGGAUCAGAAUUGUUUUAAAUCUAUAGAUCGCUUUUGGUAGAGUAGACAUUUUUAUAAUGUUAAGUUUUCCUAUCCAUGAGCAAGGUAUGUUUUUCCACUUAUGUAGGCCUGUUUUGGCUUCUUGCAGAAGUGUACUGUAGUUUUCUUUGUAUAAAUCUUUUACAUCUCUGGUAAGAUUUAUUCCUAAGUAUUGUAUCUUCUUGGGGGCUACUGUAAAUGGUAUUGAUUUGGUGGUUUCCUCUUCAGUGUUCUUUUUGUUGGUGUAGAGGAAUCCAGCUGAUUUUUGUAUGUUUGUCUUGUAUCCUGAUACUUUGCUGAACUCUUCUAUUAGUUUCAGUAGUUUUCUGGAGGAUUCCUUAGGGUUUUCUGUGUAUAAGAUCAUGUCAUCUGCAAAUAGAGAUACUUUUACUUCUUCCUUGCCAGUCUGGAUGCCCUUUAUUUCUUUAUGUAGCCUAAUUGCUCUGGCUAGGACCACCAACACAGUGUUGGAUAAGAAUGGUGAUAAGGGCGUCUUGUCCGAUUCCUGUUCUUGAGGGGAAUGCUUUCAGGCUCUCUCCAUUUAGGAUGAUGUUGGCUAUUGGGUUUGUAUAAAAGCCCUUUAUUACGUUGAGGAAUUUUCCUUCUAUUCCUAUUUUGCUGAAAGUUUUUAUCAUGGAUGGGAGUUGAACUUUGUCAGACGCCUUUUCUGCAUCAAUUGAUAAAAUCAUGUGAUUCUUGUCUUUUGUUUUGUUUAUAUGAUGGAUUCCAUUCAUUGUUUUUCUAAUGUUGAACCAUCCCUGGUAUGAAUCCCACUUGGUCAUGGUGAAUUAUUUUUUUGAUACGUUAUCGAAUUCUGUUGGUUAGAAUUUCAUUGAGGAUUUUUGCAUCUGAGGGAUAUAGGUCUGUGAUUUUCUUUUUUUGUGGUGUCUCUACCUGGUUUUGGUAUCAGGGAUAUGCUGGCUUCAUAGAAUGAGUUUGGUAAUAUUCCGUCCUUUUCUAUGGUCUGAAAUACCUUUAGUAGUAGUGGUGUUAACUCUUCUCUGAAAGUUCGGUAGAACUCUGCAGUGAAGCUGUGCGGGCCAGGGCUUUUUUUUGUUGGGAGUUUUUUGAUUACUUUUUCAGUCUCUUCUUUUGUUAUGGGUCUAUUUAGUUCUACCUCUGUUUGUAUUAGUUGGUUAGGUAGUGUGUUCCUAGGAAUUCAUCCAUUUCUUCUAGGUUUUCAAAUUUGUUAGAAUACAGUUUUUCAUAGUAAUCUGAUAUGAUUCUUUUAAUUUCAGUUGAGUCUGCUAUAAUAUUGCCCAUCUCAUUUCUUAUUUGGGUUAUUUGCUUCCUCUCCUGUUUUUCUUUUGUCAGUUUGUCCAGUGGUUUAUCAAUUUUUUUUUUUUUUUUUUUAGAGAACCAGCUUUUGGUCUUGUUAAUUCUUUCAGUUGUUUUCCUGUUCUCUAUUUCAUUUAGUUCUGCUCUAAUUUUUAUUAUUUUUUUUCUUUUGGUGCCUGUGGGUUUCUUUUGUUGCUCUCUUUGUUCAAGUCGUAGGGAUAAAUCUUUGAUUUUGACCCUUUCUUCUUUUUGUAUGUGUGCAUUUAUUGGUAUAAAUUGACCUCUGAGCACUGCUUUCGCUGUGUCCUAAAGGUUCUGAUAGGAAGUGUUUUCAUUCUCACUGGAUUCUAUGAAUUUCUUUAUUCCAUCCUUAAUGUCUUCUAUAAUCCAGUCUUUUUUGAGCAGGGUGUUGUUCACUUUCUAAGUGUUCGAUUUCUUUUCCCUGCUUUUUCUGUUAUUGAUUUCUACUUUUGUGGCCUUAUGGUCAAAGAAGAUGCUUUGUAAUAUUUCAGCAUUGUGGAUUCUGCUAAGGCUUGCUUUAUGACCUAAUAUGUGGUCUGUUCUAGAGAAUGUUCCAUGUGCACUAGAAAAGAAAGUGUACUUGGCUGCUGUUGGGUGGAGUGUUCUGUAUAUGUCUACGAGGUCAAUUUGGUUGAUUGUAGCUUUUAGAUAGAUCUUCCCGUGUCUUCAUUGAGCUUCUUUCUGGAUGUCCUGUCGUUCACUGAAAGUGGUGUGUUGAAGUCACCUACUAUUAUUGUGGAGCUGUCUAUCUCACUUUUCAAUGCUGAUAGAGUUUGUUUUAUGUAUCUUGCAGCCCUGUCAUUGGGUGCAUAAAUAUUUAAUAUGGUUGUAUCUUCUUGGUGUAUUGUCCCUUUAAUCAUUAGUGUCCUUCCUUAUCCUUUCUGAUGGAUUUAACUUUAAAGUCUAUUUUGUCAGAAAUUAAUAUUGCCCCUCCUGCUCUUUUUUGAUUGUUGUUUGCUUGAUACAUUUUUUUCCAUCCUUUGAGUUUUAGUUUGUUUUUGUCUCUAAGUCUAAGGUGUGUCUCUUGUAGGCAGCAUAUAGAUGGAUUGUGUUAUUUAAUCCAUUCUGUCACUGUCAGUCUCUGUAUUGGUGCAUUUAGUCCAUUUACAUUCAGUGUAAUUAUGGAUAGGUAUGAAUUUAGUACCAUCAUUUUGAUGUCUUUUUGUGUGUGUUGUUGACAGUUUCUUCUUCUCACUUAAUUUUGUGUGCUGAGUAGAUUAUCUUUAUAUAUUGUCCUUUCCUCACAUUCGUUUUUGUUGAUUUUGUUUCUGCUGAGUCUCUGUUUUUUUUUUUUUUUUUGUAUUUUAUUUUGAUGUGUAGGAUAGUUUGUCUCCUUUGUGGUUACCUUAUUAUUUACCCCUAUUUUCUAAACUUAACCCAAACUUUUAUUUCUUUGUAUUGCCUUGUUUUUCUCUCCAUAUGGAAGAUCUAUGACUGUUUCUUAGUCCCUCUUUAUUUUUUUAAUGUUGUCGUCUUUUACAUAAUAACAUUGCUGUUUCCCUGUUUUGAACGUUUUUUUAUCUAGGUUUAUUUUUGUGAUUUCCCUGUCUCGGUUAACUUCUGAUUGCUCUGCCCAGUGUUCCAGUCUUGGGUUGAUAGCUGAUAUUAUUGAUUUUCUAACCAAAGAACUCCCUUUAGUAUUUCUUGUAGUUUUGGUUUGGUUUUUACGAAUUCUCUAGACUUUUCUUUAUCUGGAAAUGUCCUAAUUUCACCUGCAUUUUUGAGAGAGUUUUGCUAGAUAUAAGAUUCUUGGCUGGCAAUUUUUUUGCUUCACGUUUUUAUAUGAGUCAUCCCAUUGCCUUCUUGCCUGCAUGGUUUCUGCCGAGUAGUCCAAGCUUAUUCUUAUUGGCUCUCCUUUGUAGGUGAUUUUUCGUUUAUCCCUAGCUGCUCUUAAAAUUCUCUCUUUAUCUUUUGCUUUGGCAGGGUUGAUUAUAAUGUCUUGUUGACUUUCUUUUAAAAUCUACCUAAUGUGGAGUUUAAUGAGCAUCUUGAAUAGAUAUCUUCUCAUCUUUCACGGUACGAGGGAAGCUUUCUGCCAACAAAUCUCCAACAGUUCUCUUUGUAGUUUCUGUUAUCCCUCCUUGUUCUGGUACUCCAAUCACUCAUAGGUUACUUCUCUUGAUAGAGUCCCACAUUAUUCUUAAGUUUUCUUCAUUUUUUAAAAUUCUUUUAUCUGAUUUUUCUUCAAAUAUAUUAGUCCCAAGUGCUUUAUCUUUAAGUUCAGAAAUUCUGCCUUCCACUUGCUCAGUUCUGCUUCUCUGACUUUCUAUUGAGUUGUCUACUUCUUCAGUUUUAUUGUUAAUCUUUUGAAUUUCUGAUUGGUGUCUGUUUAUGGAUUUUUCUAGCUUAUUAAAUUUUUCAUUGUGUUCCUGAAUAAUCUUCUUAAUUUCUUCAAUUGCUUUAUCUUUGUGUUCCUUGGCUUUUUCUGUGUAUUGCCUCAUUUCCUUCCUGAUGUCUUGAAGGGCCCUGUAUAUUAAUCUUAUGUACUCUGUCUCUGGUAAUUCCAGGAAUGCACUUUCAUCUAGAAGAUCCCUUGAUUCUUUGUUUUGAGAGCUUGUUGAGGUGAUCAAGGUCUGUUUCUUUAUGUGACUUGGUAUUGACUGUUGUCUCUGAGCCAUCUAUAAGUUAUUGUAUUAGUGUAUUUUAUGUUUGCUUACCGUGUGGUAGCUUCUGCUUUGUUUUGUUUUGAUAUGAUAUGCCCAAAUGGGUUGCUUGAGUGAGCCGGCUUGGUUAUUUUUGCCUUUGGAGCUCUGACAUUCUGUCCCCAGAUGUCUAGAGCUGUUACCAGGUACAUCAGUCUAGGAGUCCAUUCAGUUUUCUUGUAUGAAUUCAGCUCAGGUUUCCAGGUAGCUAAUUAUUAAGCGUGUGGUACAGGCUCUGUCCUACAGUCUAAGAGGGGCAGGGGUGAUUGGUAUAGGUACCAGUAUCCGGUUGCAGAAGGGAGUCAUACUCUGAACAAGUUAGGGGCCUGAGAAUUUUCCCCCAUGUGUCUCUGAGGAAAGUGUGUCCAUGUUCCCUAGAGUGUACAGGUGGGUGCGUUCUGCAGGCAGACCACGGGCACCCAAUGUUUUUGGUUAUACAGACUCGGAGGUACCAGUUAUCCUUGGACCCUUGUCACGGGUGGCUGGGUGACCGGAGUGGAGCCACCAGUCCUUAGAUCCCUGAUGUGGGUAGGUGAGGACCCUGUUUAAAUGGCAAAGCAAUGACAAACCUGAAACACCCACCUCUCUGCCACAUGGCUGACAUGGUUCAAGUCUACCAACAAGGGCCUAUUCUCCUGAAAUAGGCCCACACAGGUCCCUGCAGAGGGGAAAAGUACUAAAAGUCCAUGGACCGUUUAUGCCUGGACAGGAACUGCUUCUAUCCUGAGCUCCCCCGGUUAGUGAAGCUGGCAAAUUGUCUUUUCCUCAAAUUGCAAAUUUAUUUCUUCUCCAAGGUUGGGAGGAUGGCUCUAGGUGCUUAACAGGGCCUAUCUCAGGCCCAGGGAAAUCAGCCGGUGAAGCCGGCUGGAGUGGAGGGGGGGACCACAGUAAAAUAUGCCCCAAGUACUUAGCUUUUGCUGAGAGCCCUGUUGUUCUCUGGUUCCGGAGCUGUGAGUAGGCUGUGUGGCUGGCUGCUUCUCCCUGAGGAAACUGCGGCUGAACGCUAGUACCAGCCCGCUGCUGCUGCUCUGGGGAAUGGUGCCUUAGGGCUCCCCACGGUUCACGUCCGGUAACUCCUCUCUGCUUCUGAACCAUCUCUUCUUCCUCCUGGCCCUCAGUUCAUUUUCUAAGCUUGCCUUUGAUGUUCAGGGCUCCUGGCUUGUCGUAAAUAUACUCAUUUCACUUGUUUUUUCGAGUCUUGGUUGUAAGAGGGCUCGCUGGAAGCGUCUGUCUGUUCCACUGUCUUGGGUCCGCCUUCUUCUAUGAACAUUUUUAUACAAGUGUUUGUGUGUCCAUAUUACUAAAGGAAUGAGGAUAAUCUUUGAUAUCCAAAAUCUAGAGAGCAUUCCAAAAUCUAACUAAUGUUUCAGUAUUUGCAUUCACUUCCAUUAAAUAUUGUAUUAGAACAGAACUUGAGUACAGAUAGUAAAAUAGAGUGCAUUUUAUUUUAUUUUCUGCCUGAAAUUGGGGCUGAAAUCUCUAAGUUGGAGCUUAAAAAAUUCUAAAGGAGGGCUAAAUGGGCUAGAAGAAUGUAGGAGCUAACUACAUAACCAGCUUCUGAGAAUUUGAUAGGUGUCUUUUUAUAGACAACUUGGAUUUUAUGUAUUUCAGGAUAAUUUUUAAAACAAUUCCUUCAAAUAAAAAAUUCAUAGUAUUGAUUUCACUUUUCUCCCGGUGUUUAAAGUGGCACUGUCAAAGUGAAAUGAAACUAACAAGGUGAGGUAAUGGGAGCCCUUGAAAUUUUAGGUUUGUAACAAAACAGCCUAUUAAUUCCACCAUCCCCCCUCCCCAUAUAUAGAUAAGCUUUUUCAUUGUGCAUUUGUUAGAGGAAAGUUUAAAUCAUUCAAACCCCCUUCAAGUUCUUUUAAAAACAACACAUCCUGCCCUUUUCUUUGUAGUUUUUCUUAACUAAAACUAUAUGCUGUUAUAAAUCCUUAAUGCUAUACUCUGAAGAGAAAAAUGUAUUAAAAACUUUCUACUCAACAGGUGUGUUGUUGCCAGUAAGUCGGUUCUUGCCACAAAGUAUUGUGCCAUUGAUAAAUAAGCUGAAAAUGUUCUUAUUUUCUAAUAAAAUUGGACAGCAGAAAUAAUCUUGAUAGCAGAAAUCCACACUGCUACCUUUUAUUCAUACAAACAGUUGUUAGCCCUUCAGAAGAUUAUGUAAUUAAAGAAAAGUAUAGCCUUGAAGUUAUCUGCAUCAACUUUGUACUAUAGUAAUUAAAAUUGCUUUGCAUUUUUAUGUAAUGCCAAAUUAUUUAAAAAUUAGAAAAAGAAUGUAUUUCAUAGGUGAUAAUUAUUUAAGAGAAAACAAAGUAAGCAUGCUUGAAUUGAUUACCUUAUAAACCUUAUUUUAUGUAAUAAUCUCCAUCAGUAUGCGUGUGUUUAUAUAUAUAAAAAAUAUAUAUAUAUAUUUUUUAUAUAUAAAUGUUUACCAUGUUAUCUGUAUGUACACACACACACACACACACACACACAUCCCUACUCACUUAUUGGCCAUCUUGUUAUCUGACAUUUCGCGUUUACGCCAAUAGUAAAAAAUCUACUAUUGAACUACUUUUUGCAUUAACGAGGUGGUGGGCUUGGUGGCAACAGCUGCUGAGUAUCCCUUCCGCAAGGAGGGCCUCUGGGAAGCUGGGCUGUGCUGCCCCUCACCCUCCAUUUCCUCCUGCUGGCAGGGGUGUUGUGUCCAGCUGCUGUAUGGGCUGCCCUCUUCUGCGGUGAUGGCCUGUGGGUGGACGUGCGGGCAGCACCAGGCCAGUGAAUGCCUGUCAGGGUUCACAGCUCCUAUGCAACCUGAGGCCCUGCAGCUCAAAAUUGCUAUGGGAUGGGAAAGGAGGGAAGAAAGAAGCAUUGGAGAGGGUGUUUGGAAGAAAUGUGUGCAAGUUUAAUGACAUCACAAAGUGAGUGGAACUGGACCUGGAGCCUCCAUUUUGGUGGGGCUGGAUGAGUGGCCAGGCUCCCAGCACAACAGUGACUUGCCAGGCCUGGAGGGCAGAGCAUAGUUUGAAUACAGGGCUUGCAGGAGUGGGAGAGGAGCCCUGGAGGUAGCUCCCUGAGGGAAGCUCUGACCCUGCACAGGUGGAGGGUCAAGUGUGGAAGUGUGGAAAGAGGGCUGUGGGCCCUCCAGUCACGCAGCCGGGCUUUAAACAGCUUUAUCUUCUCUAGCUGGACUCCUCACAGUGAUGAGCCCAUCAAUAAAUUUUAGCUGUAAAGGUCUAAUCUCUAAAAUCUACAAGAGAAUCCAACAGUCCUACAACAAAAAGACAAAUAACCCAAUUAAAAAAUGGGCAGAGGAGCAGACACUUCACCAAAGCAGAUAUUCAGGUGGCCAACAGACACAUGAAGAAAUGCUCCGAAUCACUAGCCAUUAGAAAAAUGCAAGUCAAAACCACAGUGAGAUACCAUCUUACCCUGGCAUUACUGGUACAAAUCAAAAAAAAAAAAAAGGAAAUAACAAAUGUUGGAGAUGCUGUGGGGAGAUCGGAACUCUUAUGCACUGCUGGUGGGAAUGCAAAAUGAUACAAUUUUAGGAAAAUGAUAUGGUGCUGCCUUAGAAAGCUAGAAAUAGAAAUACCAUGUGAUCCAGCAAUCCCACUCGUAGGAAUAUAUCCUAGAGAAAUAAGAGUAGGCACACGGAUAGACGUAUGUACACCCAUGUUCAUUGCAGCAUUGUUCACAAUAGCGAAAAGAUGGAAACAACCUAGAUGCCCAUUAAUAGUUGAAUGGAUAAAUAAACUAUGGUACAUACACACAAUGGAGUAUGAUGCAAUGAUAAAGAACAAUAAUGAACCUGUGAAGCAUCUGACAACAUGGGUGAAUUUGGUUUUUUUAAUGCUGGGUGAAGUAAAUUAAUCACAAAAGGACAAAUAUUGUAUGAGGCCAUUCCUGUAAAAACUCAUGAAAAGGUUUACGCACAAAAAGAAACAAUCUUUGAUGGUUAUGAGGCAGGAGAGGGAUGGGGAUAGAAAAACACUAAAUGGACAAUAGUUAAGUGGUAACUUUGGUGAAGGUUAAGACAGUAUACAAUAUUGGGGAAGCCAGCACAACUUGUACAAGGCAAGGUCGUGGAAACACCGUAGACACAUCCAAGCCCACUGAGGGACCGAAUUGCUGGGCUGAGGGCUGUGGGGACCAUGUCUUGGGGGACAUCUAGCUCAACUGGCAUAACAUAGUUUAUAAAAAAAAAGUUCCACAUUCUACUUUGGCGAGUAGCAUCUAGGGUCUUAAAAGCCUGUGAGUGGCCAUUUAGGAUACUCCACUGGUCUCACCCCUUUGGGAGCGAGGAAGAAUGAAGAAAACUAAAGAUAAAAGGGAAAGAUUAGUCCAAAGGACUAAUGGACCACAUCUACCACAGCCUCCAUCAGACUGAGUCCAGUACAACUAGAUGGUACCCGGCUACCACCACUGACUGCUCUGACAGGGAUCAUAAUAGGGGGCCCUGACAGAGCUGGAGAAAAAUGUAGAAGAUAAUUCUAACUCAAGAAGAAAGACCAGACUUGCUGGCCUGACAGAGACGGGAGAAACCCUGAGAGUAUGGCCCUGGAACACCCUUUCACCUCGGUGGUGAUGUCACUCCUAGGGUUCACCCUUCAGCCAGGGAUUGGAUAGGCCCAUGGAACAAGAUGAGACAGGAAGAGCGCACCAGCCCAGGGGCAAGGACUAGAAGGCAGGAGGGAACAGGAGAGGUGGUGAUACAGAACCCAAGGUUGAAAAGGGAGAGUGUUGACACGUUGUGGGGUUGCUAACCAUUGUCAUAAAACGAUAUGUGUACUGUUUAAUGAGAAACUAGUUUGUUCAGUAAACCUUCAUCUAAAGUACAAUAAAGAAAAAACAAAACAAAGAAAUAAAUUUUAGCUGUUGUUAUUUCUGUGGUCAUAUUUUCUAAAUAAAAGUCAAGCAAAUGGACGGUCUGAAACAAAACAAAACAAAAUCUCCAUUUUCACAGAAUGCUGAUACUUGCAUAGCUACCAGAUCUUUGGAACCUAAUCAUGUUGUAUAUAUAGCAUAAAAAACAUUCACCGAAGGACCCCAAGUAUUCUUUUGCAUACAUCGUGUUGAAUGAACUGACAUCACCACCAUUUUAGUUAGAUGACUUUUACUAGAGAUUAUCUCCAUGGGGGCAUUGGUGGCUCAGUGGUGGAAUUCUAGCCUUGCAUGCUGGAGGCCCGGGUUCUCUUCUUAUGGAGACUUGGGUACUUUUUUCAAUCAGUGCAUCUCAAGUGCUGCCACCACUUACCUGUCAGUGGAGUCUUGCAUGUUGCUGUGAUGCUAGAUAGGCUUCAGUGGAGCUUCCAGACUAAGAUGAAAUAGGAAGAAAAGCCAGAUGAUUUAUUUCUGAAAAUCCAUCAGUGUAAACCCUGGUUCUCAUACAAUGGAUCACAGUAGUUCAGUCCACAACCUAUCCUGAUGGUAGAGCAGGACUGGGCAGUGUUUUGUUCCAUUGUGUAUGGCAUCGCCGUGAGUUGGGGCUGACUAUGGCAGCUAACAACAGCAUCCCCAGUCAGCACAUCAAAAAAUGAAUGAAGAACAAUUAUCUUAGGUACUUUUUUCCUUAUUUCUCUGACUGCUAACUGGUACAGAAGUCUCAUUCCAUUUGUCUAUUGGUUUCACUGGUAUUAUUAUGCUUCAGUGGAGCAGGGUUACAUAUCCGAAAACUGACCUGUCAUUCCAUGGAUAAAACUAAGAGGAUUAAAAUGGUUUUUAAAAAUCUGUAGUUGCUAUUACUAGGACUUGGAAUGCAGAGCAUUAUUACAGAGCAUUAUUACAUUAUUACAGGACUUGGAAUGCAGAGCAUUAUUACAGAGUGUUAUUAUCUAAUCUAAAUUUAGUUGGAAUUGACUUGAAGGCAGCUGACUUAGAUAAAAGACUAACAACCACACACACACACAUAUGCACACACUCAUUGGGGUUAUUUAUCCAUAUGAAAAUAAAAAUAGUAUCUUUAGAAAAUUUAGUUGAAGCAACUAUAAAGGCCCAGAAUAUAGGCUGUCUUUUUAUUACUUGAAAUUUCCAAAUAUCAUAGGUAGGGAUGUAUGCAUGCUUAGGAUAUAAUCUCAUCAGAUGAUAUAUUUAAAAAAAAAAAAAAAAACUGUAUACAUAUAUAUUAAUUAACAGGUUUGUAAAAUUUAUAUGGCUCAAAAUUCAAAAGAUAAGAGGAUAAAUACAGUAUAACAGCUCCACUCUUUUUUUCAGCCAUCAGGCUCUCCCCAGAAGCAAUCACUGUUAGCAGUUUUUCAUGUUGCUUUCCAAAGUAUAUAUAUACAAACAAAUAACAUACACUAAGUUAAAAUGUAUUGUUACAUAAUUGUUAGUCAUGCCAAAAUUAUUUUCAAGAGACCGCCUAUGAAAAUGCAAACUACAGGUUCAUCUAAUUGGUUCAAGUAGAUUUGAUAGGUUGACAUUAUAAAAUUACAGCAUUUUAGAUGUCACUAAAAUUUGUUGCAAGACCCUUAGGGUUUUUUUUUGUUGUUGUUCUGGGGGGGGGGUUGUUUUGUGUGUUUGCCUUAAUACAGAAAUUUGGAAGUGAAAAAUUGAUACUGACUUAGUCUGCAUAAGUUCACUUCAGGGAGAAGAUUUUAUAGCAUUGAAUAUGAAAAGGAUAAAAAUUUGACAUCUGGGUUCUUUUCAGGCCCCACGCACUGAAUCCUAAAUGCUCUAAUCCUUGUAGAACUUUUAAAAUUAUGUAGGUAAACAACAUUGGAAAAAAGUUACGCUGCUCAUUUGGUUAACAUAGGCCCUUAUGGAAGGAGUUUUUCAAGUCAUGGGAUAUCUCCUGAGAUUAUCCAUCCUGAUUUCAUAAUUCUAGAGUGGUUAACUGAAGUACCCUAAGAAAUCCCAUAUGGAUAUAUGAUGCCAUGAACACUUACAAAGGAACAGGAAUACAAGUUUGGCUGUCAAGUAUGCAAAAAUUAAAGAAUAUUGGAGUUGGAAGAAAUUUAGUAACCACUUGGUCCUCUAAGAUAAGUAUAAACCAGUCAGAUGUGGGGAGAAACAAAAAAGUACGUAUGGUGCAGUGAAUUACUUAAUAUGGCCCUUCUAACCAUAGUCUUUGUAACUCCCACCAAAUGACUGGAUGGGACUAUGCAAAUGAGAAGCUUGGCUUACCAAGCGGAUUGAAUAGCUUGCUAAUGUAAAUAAGGUUCAUGGCACCCUUGUGGGGAUGGGACCCUGUGAAUGAGGUAUAUGGAACCCAGUGAGGGGAUUGUUCAGUUUUGCUGUCCCGCUAGGCUUAGAGGGAGACAUAGAGCGAGAGAGAAAGAGGAGCUGUAACACGGAAGAUAGAGACAAUGGCACAACAGUUGUAAGAGCAGUAGCGGUGAACGAGGAGACUGGCAGGAGACAGCACGGUGGGGCUUGCCACUUGCCAACCCGUGGAGCCAAGAGUUGUAACACUUGCCCCAGAAGGCCCCCAUCAGGGCCUGGUGACAGAGAGCAAAAAGAAGCUGUCCUGAUUGAGGAAUUGCAUCCUGAGUUGUUACUAUUACUUUCAAUUUGAUCCCGAUCCCGAGUUGUACCCUGUCACUUCCCUAAUAAACCACUUAACUGUAAGUAUGGUACGUGAGUUCCAAAGAUGGGAGGGAGAGUACUGAGGGGAAGACGAGUAGUUGAUGUUAGAGACGAUGGAGUGGUACAGCAGUUUGGAAAAGUUGGACAUUAGGACAUCUUUAACUUCCGCCUCGCAGGAAUGAACUCUAUGCUGAUCCUUAUAAAAUAAAUGAUUGAUUUAGUACAACAGCAACUUGGACCUGUAAUUAUAUCUAUUAGUAAAAGUGCUAGAGGAUGUUUCUGGAGUGGCCAGUGUCAGGAUUAAAUUGGGAAGUGAACUAUGUGAUGAAGUAGAGGAGAUAUUCGUACUCCCGGAUGGAACUGCAGGAGUAAAAGUCAUAGAAGGUAUAAGCAUAUUUGCUUGACUUUAAGGAAAACGUAGGAAGGUACACCACAAGUAAAGCAAAUUGGUAGAGGUGGGGACUUAAAACCAAGGAGAGUGAAUUUUUAGUUGGUUGAAACAACAGCUAGCAGCGACUGUUCUGCUUUUAAAUUAUAACCAUUAUUGUGUGAUAGGUAAAACUCACAAGAAUACAGUAGAAAAUAAAAAUUACCUAUAGUUUGCUUCCUUUAAGGUUUUUUUUUUACAUAAAUACAAGAUUAAAAAUGGGUUCUACUAUAUAAUUUCAUUUCUUGGUAUUUGCAGUUGAUUUUACCAUCAUGCACUUUUCUCAUGUGCUGAUUUUUUGAAAAUAUUUUCUGUGACUGCAUAGGUUUCCAUAGAAUGGUUAGGCCAAAAUUUUUUUUAACCACUCCCCUUUUGGACAUUUCGAUUACUUCCUUUUUUAAAAAAAUUUGUUAAUUAAAAGGCCUGGAGCAGUAAGUACUAAUGUGACCUCAUUGCCAGUUUAAGAAGGUGGCCUUCUACCUUUUUGUAAGGAUAGAUUAAAGAGUUUCAGGUAUUCCCCACGUUUUGAAAGUUCGCUUUACAUCAUUUUGCUUUUUUGAAAGACCUACAUUAGUGCCUGUUUUCUCUAACAGAAAGGAAUCCAAAGAGGGUUUUCGUGUUUAUGAAAAAAGGCAAAAUGGAAAUAGUGUUCAGCAUUUGUCGUUCAGUGUUGUUUUGUAGCGAGCUAUUAAAGAGGCAGCAUGUACCCCUAGGAGCUAGAGUGGCAUCGCCAAGCUCCUUCCCAGGGAAGUACACUCAGCAUCUGCUUUAUGUAAGCUGUGUAUUUAUCAUGCCAUGGGUAACCCUGCUGGUAUUUGAAUACUGGUGGAAUAGCUUCCAGCAUCACAGCAACAUGCAAGCCCCCACAGUACGACAAACUAACAGGUGUGUGGGGCAGUGAUACCUCUCAUAUCAUUCAUGCUUUUACUGUAUGUUAGUGUUGUUUUAGGCUUGUAUGUGUUAUUUGGUAUGAUUUGAUAAAUGAUUUUUUGGGUCUGGGAACACUCAAACAUUUUCCUGUUUAAAUUAGUGGUAAUUGCUUUAUACCAUUUUGACUUAAAAAAUUAUUUCAUAGGAAUGUUUUACUUUCAGAUAGCGGGGGAAACCUUGUAUUGAGAAAGCUGAAAUUGAGUUGUACUUUUUUCGUUUUGAAAGUAAAAACCAUGUUACAGAAAAUGUGAAAGGCAUAAAAUUAAAGCAGUUAUCAUUCUGUCACUGUUUCUGUUAUUUUUAUUGAACCCAUGUAAUACUAUAGGGUCGCUGUGAGUCGGAAUUGACUCCAUAGCACUGGGCUGGGUUUAAUACCUAUUUAGAAAGAUUGAAGGAUUAACUUGUGGAGCUAACUGGAAGAGGUGAGUUGUAACUAAAAAGAUCAGGGAGGAGUAUGUGAGGAGUGGGGAAAUUGUUUUUAAUGUUUUUAAGGAUUUCUUUCCUUCGUCAACCAGCAAAUGUAUUUAGUAACUUUUGUACCUGUAUCAAAUAGUGCUGACUGUCGAGCAGUACUCAUUCCACAUCUUUUAAUGACUAUUUUUUGAUUUAGCAAUAUCUUGCAGAUGGCUGUGUGGGAUAGUUUAAGUGAAUCCUGUCUGAAAAUCUCCAUGUACAAAUAGAGCAUUAUGUAGAAGAUAUUGUAACUCCCGGUUGAACCUCCUGUUUACCUAUGGAAAAACUGCUUGCAUAUAUUUUAUUCUUCUUGCUGGCAGUUUCCAAAGCAAAGAUGGCACUAGAGGACUGUCAUUGUAUAUUUGUUGAAUUUCCAGGCAAAGUGUCUCUAGCAGUUUCCUUCCUAGAGGGGCUGUUCUUCAAAGAAAAGAAGUAUGUUCUGAAUUAGAUGAGUGUUUUAAUGGUGUUUCUCAGAGAAGGAAGCAUGAAGUGAGACUGUCAAACACAUACUAAUGUUACAUUUUCUAGUGACCAUCCCAGGUUAUCUAAUAAGUGUCAGUAAAAGCUAGGAUAAAAGGAAAUUGUAAAAAGGGUGGGAAGUGAAGAUACUUAUUUAGUUUUUGGAGUUGAGAGGAAGGUUAGGCAUAUUAUUACUGUUUGCAUGGCAGCACCUCCUGACCUUUUUGGAGAAAGAGAGAGAGAAGGAGGGAAGGAGGGAGAGAGGGAGCGAGCAAAACUAGGUAAAAUCAGUGUUUUUAUCCAUAAUUUGAUUUUAGAAAAUACAUUCUAUCUUCUGCCUAUUUUUCAACUUUUGGACUCAUCCAAAAUGAAGAAUACCCAGGUUUUUGUUUUUAGUGUUUAACUUAUUGUUCUUGAAAGGUUUAUUGAAGAAGUUUCAAAUCAUUGACUAAAAUCUGUGGCUUUUUUUUCUUUGUGCUUUUCCACUAUUAAUUUUCGUGGCUCUUAAAACACAAGUCUGUUAACAGUUCCAUUUUCAUUAGAGUAGGAAUUUCAUAACAUUGUUAACAGAGGCAUGCAUUUUUUCAAGUGGAAAUAUGUUCAGUUUUUCAUUUUAUAUUUGUUUUGUAACUGUGAAGUUAUAUUAGAAAAUUACAAGAGAUUUUGGUUUUUAAAAUAGGCUUAAUGACUUAUUUAAACUCAUAUUGAAAUUUCACGGAGGACUCACUUGUAGGCUGUGUAUUACACUAGAAAAAAAAAACAACAUUUUUAGUGACUUGGCACCCUUAUAGUUUAAAUUCAACUGAAUUUCAGAGUAAUUGAUAAUUUAGCUGCAAAGUGAUAUGUAUAAUAUCCUAAUUUUUAUAUUAAAAUUGACGUGUUUCUAUAUGCACACAAAAAGGAAUCUGGACUGAUAUGCAUCUGUUAACAGCAGUCAUCUCACUUAAAUUAGGGUAGCAAGAGGAAACAGUAAAUACUGGAAAAUUUGUGUUCUUUUAAAGGUCCUUGUGAUUCUGGACUUAAAUUUUCAAUAGAUGAUAAAACUUUUUUUCCUACUUCGUCUUAGGAGUUAUUAAAAAGAUUUGAAUGUCUUUGUAUUGGGUUAUAAUAAGAUUUUACUUGUCCCAGGUCCUAUUCAGUGGACACCCCAUGAGGGUGCUACCUAUUUGUAAAGUGUUUUGAGAUCAGCAGAUAAAAGAUCCUGUUUGCUAUAGAGUUGGCUCUGACUCAUGGUAACCUUAUGUAUAAUGGAAGGAAACAUUGCCCGGACCUAUGCCAUCCUCACAAUCUUUGGAAUGUUUGAGCCCAGCCCAUUGUUGCAGCCAUUGCAUCAAUCCAUCUAACGAAGAGUUUCCCUUGUUUUCACUGACUCUCUACCAGAAAGAACCCUGGUGAUGCAGUGGUUAAGCACUCGGUGGCUAACCUGAAGGUCGGGUGCCCCUAACUCAACAGCAGCUCAGCAGGAGAAGAGACCUGGCAAUCUGCUCCUGUAAAGAUUACAGCCUAGGAAACCCCGUGGGCAGUUUUAGGACUCUGUCAUAUAGGGUCACUAUGAGUUGGAAUCAACUUGACAGCACACAACAACUAUUUUAUCAAACAUGAUGUCAUUUUCUAGCGAUUCGUUUUCCUGAUGUGGUGUCCAAAGUAAUCGAGACUAAGUCUUGCUAUCCUUGCUUCUAAGGAGCAUUCUGGCUGUACUUCCUCCAAGACAGGUUUGUUCUUUUGGCAGUCUGUGGUAUAUUCAGUAUUCUUCACCAAUACCACAAUUCAAAUAUGUCAGUUCUUCUUUCAUCUUCCUUGUUCAUUGUCUUUCUCUAUAGAUUUGCCUGUUCUGGACAUUUCAUAUAAAUGAAAUAAUAUGUGGUCUCUCGUAUCUUCUUUUACUUAGCAGAAUGUUUAUGAGGUUCAUCCACGUUGUGGCAUGUAUCAGUAGUUUGUUCUUUUUUUAUUGCUGAACAGUGUUCUAUUAUAUAGAUGUGCCUCAUUUUGUCUGUUCAUUCAUCAGUUGGUGGACGUUUAGAUUUUUUGCCAGCAUUAGGGUUAUUUUUGGCUACUGUGAAAAAUUGCACCUUCCCUUUUCCUAAAAUUUUUAUUUUAUCUUGGUGAAAAUGUACAUAACAAAACACGGCAACACAACAGUUUCUACAUGUAGAAUUUGGCGACAUUGAGUAUGUUCUUCAAGUUUGCACCUUGCUUUAUUCCACUGGCAGUAUAUCUAGGAAGCUUUUUAAAUUUUUAUUAGUACUUAUAAAUCUAUAUAAAUCCACGACAGUCUUUUUAAACUGUAGUCUUUUUUUUUUUUUGUAAGUACUUAAAAAAGUUAUUUUUUGUUGAGAAUAUAUACGGCAGAACAUUCACCAGCUCAGCAAUUUCUACAUGUACAAUUCAGUGACACUGAUUACAUUCUUAAAGUUGUGCAACCAUUCUCACCCCCCUUUUCUGAGCUGUUCAUUCUCCAUUAACAUAAACUCACUGCCCCUAAAGGUUCCUGUCUAAUCUUUUGAAUUGCUGUUGUCAAUUUGGUGCUGUAUAGAUACCACAUUUUUACACAGAUAAUGUAUUAUAUGUUUUUUUUGCCAGUUGCUCCCUCCCCUCUGCAAGGUAUUUUUGUAAAUAUCCGAUGCUAGUUUUUUUACAUGUUGCUGUAAAAAAAAAUUAGGAUAGUGGGUUUAUGAAAAUACCUUGCAGGGAGGAAGUCGAGGUUGGCAAAAAAAGUAUAACAUGUGUUAUUUGUGUAAAAAUAACAGUCGUACUUCAGAGAGCUUGGUGCUCAAAGCAGACAUUCUUUACUAAUUAAGCUAAACUACUAUUUGGUUUAAAGAAGACUUUAGGGGAUAUUUUUGGUUUAGAUUUAAGGUUUAAAGAUUAUUUCAGGGCAAUAAUUUUGGGGCUUCAUUCUGCCUCAGUGGUUCCAGAAAGUCUGGAGUCCAGGAAAAUUUGGAAUUCUAUUCUACAGCAGUCUUUUUAAAAACACUGUUUGGAUUUAAUUAUAGGAUCUGCUGUCAUCUAUUUAACCAGUAGUGUUAAUGGAUGUUUUUUUCCUUUUAAUGUUAUUUCACUAAUAAUGCAGUGAAUAUUCUUCCACAUUUAACUUUGGAUAUGUGUUUUUGUGGUAUAGAUUUCUAAAAGUGAAAUUGUUGGUUCAAGGGCUUGAACAUUUACAGUUUUAAUAAAAUACUGAAGAACAAGACAUUUUUUAAUGUAGUUCAAUUUGAUAAUAAAGGUCAAUUGUCAAGUUUCUUAUACAUUCAUGUUUUUGUAGCUAGCCAAGGAAAAGCUAUCAGAAUGUUAAGAAAAAAAUUUAUUAAUACUUGAAUUGAAAAUAACAGGAAUGUAUCCCCCUCAGGGUCUAGCAUGAUAACAUAGAUACACAGUUGAGAAAUAUUUCUUGUUAUUUUACUUCUAUUUGAAUUAGAAAGCAUAGAAGAUCUUCUUGUUGGAUGCCUUCAAGUUGAUUUUUGACUGAUGGCAACCCUAUACGACAGAGUAGAACUGCCCUAUAGGGUUUUCUAGGCUGUACUUUACAGGAGCGGAUAGCCAGGUUUUUCUCUCCCAAGGAGCUGCUGGGUGGGUUCGAACCUCCAGCCUUUUGGUUAGCAGCCAAGUGUUUAACUUUUACAUAACCAGGGCUUCUGGAAGGCCUUAAAACCCAAACCAAAUCAAACCCAUUGCCUUCGAGUUGAUUCCAACUCAUAGCGACCCUAUAGGACAGAGUAGGACUGCCGCAUAGGGUUUCCAGAAGACCUUAGUGGCUACUAUAAAAGUUAUAGAAUGUCCAUGGGGAACUUUCAGUUAAAAAAAAAAAAAACUGGUAAUAUCAAAUUGUAGCAAAUUAUAAUAAGUUACAAUUGUAGUUUCAAGGAUAGUCUUUUUUCCUUUCCCAAAAUUUCCAAUAUUUUGUGCUGGUGCGGUGAUGAAGCUGGGUGGGUCUAGAACUGAGCUGCAGUGUUCCAUCCCCUACUAUAUUUUUUCAUAUAUAUGUGAAAUAUGUAUGUAUAGUUAAUACAGUUUUAUCUUUCCCACUCCCCUUGAUAUUAAAUUGACAGGCAGUUGGUGAGAGAGCAGAUUAACUGGUCUGUGCAUUGUAAUUAAUGUGUUCUUGUUAGUUCUCAUGGAAUCGAUUCUGACUUUUGGAUACCUUUUUAAAAAAUUAUAGCAAAUAUUUAUUGAAUACCUACUAUGUACAAAGCACUUAGUAAACUAAUGUUGUUGCUGUUAGGUGCUGUCGAGUUGGUUCCAACUCAUAAAGACCCUGUGUUCAGCAGAACUUAACACUGCCUGAUCCUACGCCAUACAAUGGUUGCUAUGUUUGAGCCCGUUGUUGUAGCCUCUGUGUCAUUCUGUCUCAUUAAGGGUCUUCCUCUUUUUCACUGGCCUCUACUUUACCAAACAUGGUGUCCUCCAGGGACUGGUCACUUCUCAUGACAUGUCCAAAGUACUAGAGAUGAAGUCUUGCCAUCCUUGUUUCCAAGGGGCAUUCUGGCUGUACUUAAUUCCAAGACAGAUUUGUUCGUUCUUUUAGCAGUCCGUGGUGUAUUCAAUUUUUUUUGCCAGCUCCGUAAUUCAAAAGUAUCAAUUCUUCUUCAGUCUUCCUUAUUCAGUGUCCAAAUUUGUGUGCAUAUGAGGGAUUUGAAAAUACUAUGGCUUGGGUCAGGAACACCUUGGUCUCAAAUUGACAUCUCUGCUUUUUAACACUUUAGAGAGGUUUUUUGCAGCAGAUUUGCCUAAUGCAAUACCUCAUUUGAUUUCUUGACUGCUGUUUUCAUGGGCGUUGAUUAUGGAUCCAAGUAAAAUGAAAUCAUUGACAAUUUAAACAUUUUCUCUGUUUAUCAUGAUGUUACUUAUUGGCCUAAUUGUGAGGAUUUUUGUUUUCUUUAUGCUGAGGUGUAGUCCAUACUGAAGGCUAUAGUCUUUGAUCUUCACUAAGUGCUUGAAGUCCUCUUCAUUUUCAGCAAGCAAGGUUGUGUCAUCUGUUUAUCUCAGGUUGUUAAUGAGUCCUGAUGCCCCGUUCUUCUUCAUAUAGUCCAGCUUCUUGGCCGAAUUUGCUCAGCAUACAGACUGAAUAAGUGUGUUGAAAGGAUACAAGACUGACAAACACCUUUCUUGAUUUUAAACCACACAGUAUCCCCUUGCUCUGUUGGAAUAACUGCCUCUUGGUCUGUGUACAGGUUCCACAUGAGCACAGUUAGUGUUUUGGAAUUCUCGUCCUUUGCAGUAUUAUCCAUAACUUGUUAUGAUCCACAGAGUUGCAUGCCUUUGUAUAGUCAAUAAAAUAUAGAUAAACAUCUUUGUGGUAUUCUCUGCUUUCAGCCAGGAUCCAUCUGACAUCAGCAGUGAUAUCCCUUGUUCCACGUUCUCUUCUGUAUCUGGCUUGAAUUUCUGGCAGUUUCCUGUUGAUGUCCUGUUGCAACCGCUUUUGAAUGAUUUUCAGCAAAAUUUUAGUUGCGUGUGAUACUAAUGAUAUUCCUCAAUAAUUUUUGUAUUCUGUUGGAUCACUGUUUUUUCAAACAGGCAAAAUAUGGAUCUCUUCCAAGUGGUUGGCUGGGUAGCUGUCUUCCAAAUUUCUUAGUGUGGACAAGUGAGCGCUUCCAUCACUGCAUUGGUUUGUUGAAACAUCUUAAUUGGUAUUCCAUCAAUUCCUGGAGCCUUGUUUUUGCCAGGGCCUCAGUGCAGCUUGGACUUCUUCCUUCAGUACCAGUAGUUCUUGGUCAUUUGCUAUCUCCUGAAAUGGCAGAAUGUCAAUCAGUUGUCUUUGGUACAGUGACUCUGUAUUCCUUCCAUCAUCUUUUGAUGCUUCCUGUAUCAUUUAAUAUUUUCCCUGUAGGCUCCUUCAGUAUUACAGCUCAAGGCUUGAAUUUCCUCUCCAGUUCUUUCAGCUUGAGAAAUGUCAAGCAUGUUCUUCCCUUUUGGUUUUCUGACUAGAUCUUUGCACAUUUCAUUAUAAUACUUUACUUUGUCUUCUUGAGCCACCCUUUGAAAUCUUCCGUUCAGUUCUCUUCAUCAUUUCUUCCUUUCGCUUUAGCUACUCUGUUCAAACACAACUUUCAGAAUCUCUUCCAACAUCCAUUUUGUUCUUUCUUUCCUGUCUUUUUAAUGACCUUUUGCUUUCUUUAUGUAUGAUGUCACGGAUUGAAUUGUGUCCCCCCAAAAUAUGUGUCAACUUGGUUAGGCCAUGAUUCCCAGUGUUGUGUGGUUGCCCUCCACUUCGUGAUUUUCCUGUGUCUUAUAAUCUCUGCCUGUGGUUAAAGAGGGUUAGGAUGGGUUUUAACACCCUUGCUCAGGUCACAUCCCUGAUCCAAUGUAAAGGAAGUUUCCCUGGGGUGUGGCUUGCACCACCUUUUAUGUUACAGGAGAUGAAAGGGAAGUAAGCAGAGAGUGAGGGACCUCAUACCACCAAGAAACAAGCUAGGAGAAUAACACAUUCUUUGUUCCUGGGGUCCCUGCGCUGAGAAGCUCCUUGACCGGGGGAAGGUUGAUGGCAACAGCUUCCCUCCAGUGCUGACAGAGAGAGAAAGCCUUCCCCUGGAGCUGAUGCCCUGAAUUUGGACUCACAAUCUCCUAGACUGUGAGAGAAAAAUUUUCUCUUUGUUAAAGCCAUCCACUUUUUGUAUUUCUAUUACAGCAGCACUAGAUAACUAAGACAAUGUCCUUCAUGUCAUCCCACAACUUGCCUGGUCUUCUGUCAUUAGUGCUCAGUGUGUCAGAUUUAUUCUUGAGAACAGAUCUCUAAAUUCUUGAGAAUAGGUCUCUAAAUUCAGGUGAGAUAUACUCAAACUUGUACUUCGGCUCUCAUGGACUUGUUUUAAUUUACUUCAGCUUCAACUUGAGGUUGCAUAUGAACAAUGGAUGGCCUGUUCCCCAGACGGCCCCGGCCUCGCUCUGACAGAUGAUACGAGCUUCUCCAUUGCCUCUUUCCACAGAUGUAGCCGAUUUGAUUCCUGUGUAUUUCAUCUGGCAAACUCCGUGUGUAUAAUUGUCAUUUAUGUUGUUGAAAAAAAUAUUUCCAAUGAAUAGAUGGUUAGUUUCGCAAAAUUCUGUCACGUGAUGUCUGGCAUCGUUUCUGUCCCCAAGGCCAUAUUUUCCAACUGCAGAUCCUUGUUCUUCGUUUCCAACUUCUGCAUUCCAGUCAUCAGUAAUGAUCAAUGCACCUUGAUUACGUUUGUUCAUUUUCUUCAUCUUUGGCGUUAGUGGUUGGUGUGUAAAUUUGAAUAAUAGUUAUAUUAAUUGGUCUUCUUGUAGGCAUAUGGAUAUUAUUACUGACAGCAUUUUACUUCAGGGUGGAUCUUGAAAUGCUCUUUAUGAUGAUGAAUGUGAUGCCUUUCCUCUUCAAUUUGUCAUUCCUGGCAUAGUAGACCAUAGAAUUGUCUGAUUCAGAAUGGCCAAAAGCAGUCCAUUUCAGCUUGCUAAUGCCUAGGAUGUCGAUCUUUAUGCAUUCCAUUUCAUUUUCGACAACUUCCAAUUUUCCUGGAUUCAUACUUCAUACAUUCCAUGUUCUGAUUAUUAAUGGGUGUUUCCAACUGUUUCUUCUUAUUUUGAGUCACACCACUUCAGCAAAUGAAGGUUCCGAAAGCUUUUCUCCAACCAUGUUAUUAAGAUUGAGUCUGCUUUGAGGAGGCAGAGUCUUCCUGGGUCAUAUUUUGAGUGCCUUCCAACCUGAGGGGCUCAUUUUCUGGCACUGUAUCAGAUGAUGUUCUGCUGCUAUUGAUAACGUUUUCAUUUUUUUUAGUAGUAGAUCGCCAAAUCCUUCUUCCUAUUCUGUCUUAGCCUGGAAGCUCCGCUGACACAUUUCCAGCAAGGGUGACCCUGCCGGUAUUUGAAAUACUGGUGUAUAGCUUCUAGCAUCACAACAACACACAAGCCACCACACUGAUGGAAGAGUGGCAGUAAAGCAAUGCACAUUAUUGAAUAAUUCUGUGUGGAGCUAAAAACACUAAUGUGCUUAUUAAAAGUGCUAAUUUGUUUCCCGUUUAAGAGUGUAUUCAUUUUACAUCUAUAUAUUUAGAUUUGAGCACAAUAAUAGUGAUGGGUAGUUAUUGAAAAAGAGGUACUGUAUCUUUAACCAUACAAAUCUGUUUUGAAAUCAUUAAAGUUUUUCUAACAUUAUAAAACGUAUUUUAUUGGAUGUAGUUUUAUAUGUCUGUAUUUGCGUUAUUUCAAUAAUUCAUUAUUGUUGGAUGUUUUUAUUGAGAGGCAUUUUCGAUUGCAGGAGAGAUUAACGACUAGUGUAGUUACAUGUUCCACAAGCACUCACAACGGUGACGCUGGGAAGGCCGUAGCUGGUAGUCAUAUCCUCACAGCUGGGCACUGGGCUUUUAUGUCUUCAGCCACCUCUGGCAGAAUCCAGGUUGCUUUGGCUAGAAAAGACAUGCAGGGAUACGGGCUAGGGUGUAGGUGCUGAGGCAGGUUCACUUGUGGGUACUAAGGAGUCUCCCAUGAAUUUCAUCUGUGGCGCUCAGGAGUAUGGUGGGAGCAGAUACAGGGCAGGAGUAAGGUCGCUGUCAUGAUUAGUGACUGGCACGAAAAUAUUUCAAUAUUGUAUUAAGUAGUAUGGCCGUACUGGUACAUAGUAGCUCAGUAUCAGCCCAGAUUGAAAAUUUAAGUAGUGACCUGAGUAACAGGGAAUCUGCAGCAGAAAUGUGAAUAGCUUUAAGUUCAGCAUAUUGUAAAUAAGGUCCCUUUAUAGAGACCACUGAUCACAUUGUCGUCUUAUGUUUGUGCAUGUAUCUGUGGUCAUUCUCUAUCUCCCAGGUUACAGAGACUUCGUUGUUAAAUUACACAGUAUCUGGGGCAUGUUGAAAAAAAAAAAAAUGUAUGUUGAGUGUUCCAUAAAUACUUGCUCCUGAGUGAAAAUCACUAGUCUGAGUAUAUGUUUCAAGAUGUCAUGUUCAGCUCUUAAGAUACUGUUUUCAAUGUGAAGACUAUUUCAUUUAAUAAUAUGAAUUACUUUUUUUUUUUCUUCUAUCGGUAGAGAAAGUACAGUAUAGGACCAGAGCAUGGGAGGCAUUAUUUUACCUGAACUUUUCUUCUUCUGGUAACUCUAGGUACCUUUUCGAAACAAGUGUCAGGGAGUGUGUCUUUCAAAGAAAGAGCUCAGUUUGUACUGUGCAUUUCUGUGAGGAAGACUGAGAUUCUGUAUACUUUUAGAUGUUUUUUUGUUUUUUGCCUUUUUAUUUUUUAAGUUGUUUUAGGUGAAAAUUUACAGGGCAAAUUAGCUUCUCAUUCAAAGUUUAUACACACAUUGUUUUGUGACAUUGGUUUCAAUCCGUGCAGUAUGUCAGCACUCUCCCCCUUUGCCUUUACACCCAGGGUUUCCUGUGUCUAUUCAUCCAGGCUUCCUGUCCCUUCCUGUCUUCUCUUCUUUGCUUUUGGGCAGGUGUUGCCCAUUUGGUCUUGUAUACUUGACUGAGCUAUGAAGCAUGUUCCUCAUGUGUGUUGUUAUUUGUUUUAUAGUCCCAUCUAAUCUUUGGCUGAAAGAUGGACUUUGGGAAUGGCUUCAAUUCUAAGUUAACAGAGUGUCCAGGGGCCAUAGUCUCAGGGGUUGCUCCAGUCUCUGUCAAACCAGCAAGUCCGGUCUUUUUCAUGAAUUUGAAUUUGGUUCUACAUUUUUCUCCAGCUUUGUCUGGGAUCCUUUAUUGUGGUCCCUGUCAGAGUGGUCAGUGGUGGUAGCUGGGCACCAUCUGGUUCUGGGCUCAGACUGGGGGAGGCUGUGUAGAUCAUGUGGUCCAUUAGUCCUUUGGACUGAUAUUUUCCUUGUGUCUUUGGUUUUCUUUAUUAUACUUUGCUCCAAACAUAAUGGGACCAAUAUAUGUAUUUUAGUUGAUCGCUUGCAAGCUUUUAAGACCCCAGACCCUACUUGCUAAAGUAGGAUAUAGAAUAUUUUUUUAAUGAACUAUGUUAUGCCGCAAUACUUUUUUUUUUUUAAGACUUACUUUUAAAUAGAAAGUAAAUUGAAGCCUCCAAACUUAAAUGGGUAUCAAGACUAUUUAAAUGUUUGACAUGGUGACAGUAAAAGCUAUUUCCAUUGGUUUUUUUGUUAGUCCUUGACUGUGAAGGUUUUUUUCUUUAAAUAAUGUAUAUAUAUGUGUGUGUGUAUAUAUAUAUACAGUGUAUAAUUUUUUGCCAUUUGAAGUAUUAAAAUUUUUGCUUAGUUUGUGCCAAAGAAAAAGUUCACAAUCAGUAAAUAUUUGUGUUAAUUUAGGUUUGUGAAAUUGCAUUAAAGAGAAUGAUGCCUAGAGUCAGACUCACUGUACCUUUUGACCUUAGUAAAUAAAUGAAUCCCUAAAUAGGAAGAAGUGACAAAUGGCUGUGUAAUCACGCAGGGGUUUAUGUUUAGCUGUUAAUGCCAUUUGAGAUAGGCUUAUUCUGCAUCACAUCUCUGGUAGGAAGCGGUUUUCUUUUCAAGACCUUAGGGAUAGAGUAGCUAGUAAUGUUUUCUAAGGUAUAUUACUGUUACUAUAUUAAUAUUAUUGUGUUAUAUAGUAAACAAAUAAAUGUAAUAUGCCCUUUGAAGAUAUCUGAAUUCUCAAAUAGUUUUCUUCUUCAGCAAUUUCUUAAUUAGAACACAGGUUUCUGAAUAUAGUUUAACCUUUUUUUGAUUGCUUAGUAUUUUCAGUACUGUAACAGUGAAACUGUCAGGACCUUGUUGCCCCAAUCUCUAGAUGGCCCCCAAGUUCUUGUCUUAUUUAAAAAAUAAAACGAUUUCUGUUCUUUCUUUUGUAAACCAAAAGCCAUUGCUCUUCAGUUGAUUCUGACUCAUAGCAACCCUAUAAAACUACCCUAUAGGGUUUCCAAGGAGCAGCUGAUGGAUUUGAACUGCCAGCCUUUUGGUUAGCAGCUGAGUCUUAACCACUGUGCUAUCAGGGCUCCUGUAAACCUGGUAGAUAUUAUUUCUUCUAACAUGUAGCCUGUGUGCCUGUUUUUAAUAGCUCUUCACUCCCAACUCUUUUCUAAUUAUCUCUUUAAAUAUAUGUAAUGCAUGGUGGGAACUCAGGUAACCUGACUGGUUAGAAUUAUGUGAAAAUUAGAAACAGUAGAUGUCAGGUGAGAACCCUGGGGUUUGAGAGCUUCUGAUUUGGAUUUUAUAGUUUGAUUUUAGAUUUGUUUUGUUUUUGUUCUCUUAUGUCAGGGUUCUUAAUUAUAUCGGGGGUGGGUGGUGGACAGUCUACUUAGAUAUGUAUAGUUUCUGUGCUAUGUUGAAGUAAUGGAAUCACUUGGAGUAUUGAGAUCCUUCAUUUUUUUGUCUAUAAUUUUAUUUACCGAUAUGCGUGAUGUUAUUUUUGCUUGCUAUUUUAAAAAAAACAACCCACCAGUUGGUGUUUAUUUGAUUCUGACUCAUGGUGACACCAUGUGCUCUGUAGGGUUUUCAGUGGUUGAUUUUUUGGAAGUAGAUUGCCAGGCCUUUCUUCUGAGGUGCCUCUGGGUGAACUUGAACCUCCAGGCUUUUGGUUAGCAGCUGAGUGUGUUAACUGUUUAUCUCAAAGAAUAUUCUUAUUUUGGCUGGAACAAAUUCCCUUGAAAAACCAAAGACAAGUUAAAAAACUAAAGUUAAAUAAUAAUUUUUUUCUUUAAGCAUGAAAUAUUGUAGAAGCCAAAUGAAAAUGUUUGGAUUCACAAGAGACUGGUUUUAUAUUAUAUUCUUCUAGAUAAAUGAAAAUGGAUGCUUAAAAUGCUAAGGAUAUUUCUUAUCUUAUUACGAAUAUGACAUUUUUAUUUGCUGUAUGUAUGGCAAACUAAUUACUUGUUCUGUUUAUCUGACAAACUUAUUAAGGAUCACUUCAGCAUAACUGGAAGUUCCUAUGUUUCCUGUUUUCUCUGAGCUGUGGAGAUUCAGAUUGUGUAACACUUGCUUCCAGUAUUUCUUUUAUUUCCAGCAUAUUUUGUUAUUUUAAUUUCACUGAAGAAAAAUAAAACUAACAGCUGACAGUGAUUUUGGGUAAAGAAAGUUAUUAAGCAUACUUAGUUUAUUGUCUUUUAUUUCACCAAUAAAAUUGAUGUUUCUAAUGUUUUGUUUGUUACAAUUUGCUAAUCUAGGGUUUAUUGGAUUAAGUGGCCAUGGAGUUUUUUUUUUAGAUUGUGUAGUGGUCUGAAUCCAUUACUUUGUACUAGUCAAAGACGGAAACUCUGUUAGCUAAUAGGAUGUUACUUUUCUUUUUGUUAAAGUUUUAUCCCAUUUCUCUCAAAUUUUUUAAGUUUCCUGAAAGACUUAGGUUAGUGAAUACAAAGUUUUUUUUUUGUGGUAUUCAGUGCUUAUAUGAUUAAGUCUAUGUUGUCCUGACUCAGAAGUUAAGAUUUAUUUUUUUUUAGUGAGUAAUCACUGACUCUGAGUUAAUUAGGAAUCUGUCAAUACAUGUUAAAGAAAUUGAAAUGGAAUUUGGUAAUAUAUUUUAAAAAGCCCAUGCUUAUCUUUUCUAAAUUGCAUUGUACUUCAUUCCCUAAAAUUUCAGAUUUAAUUUCAUGAAUUAUAUCCUUAUGGGUGAAUAUACAGUAUGUGUGGACAUGUGUGUAUAGAUAUGUAUAGUAAAUUGUUAACUUUAUUAAAAUAUACAGCAUUGCUUUGAUGAAGUUUUAAAUCACACAAUGAAUAGCAACAUUAAUGGCUAAAUUAAGGAAAAACAGCUCACCUGAGCAUUAGAAUUAUGUAUUAGUUAAAGGAUACUUACUGUAUUCUCAAGUCAUUUUGAUUUCUGUUUUUUGUUAAACUAAAAAUCUUUUUAAA